AUGGAAAAACCCUACCGCAAAAAUGAAGGAAAACUGGAAAACCAGGAAAAGCCAGAAGACGAAGUAGAGCCUGAAGAUGAAGGAAAAUCAGAUGAAGAAGAAAAGCCAGACGAGGAGGGGAAGCCAGCAAGGGAGGGAAAGCUAGAGGAUGAGGGAGAGCCAGAGGAGAAGGGACAAUCGAAAGAUGGGGGCAAGGCAGAAAAGCAGGGCAAGUCGGAAGGUCAGAGCAAGUCACCAGGGGAGGGCAAGCCAGAAUCCCAGGCAAAGCCAGCCAGUGAGCCGCGGGCCGCCGAAAAGCGCCCCGCUGAAGAUUAUGUGCCCCGGAAAGCCAAAAGAAAAACGGACAGGGGCACCGACGAUUCCCCCAAGGACUCUCAGGAGGACUUACAGGACAGGCAUUUGAGCAGUGAGGAGAUGAUGAGAGAAUGUGCAGAUGUGUCAAGGGCUCAGGAAGAGCUAAGGAAAAAACAACAGAAAAUGGGUAGUUUUCACUGGAUGCAAAGAGAUGCUCAGGAUGCCUUCAACCCAAGGGGCCAGCGGGGUGUCAGGGGAGUGAGGGGCGGAGGUAGGGGCCAAAGGGGCUUACACGAUAUUCCCUACCUUUAA